CUCAUGAGAGAAGCCUCAUUGUUCCAGUAGUAUAAGUUGCUUGCACUAAAGAAUCAAUUAACGAGCCAUAUGAUUAUUCACUCAGGAGAGAAAUCUCAUGUGUGCGAGGUGUGUAAUGUAUCAUUUAGACACAAGAACGUUUUAAAAAAUCAUAUGCUUACUCACACAGGAGAACAACCUUACAUAUGUGAAGUAUGUAGAGAAAAAUUUAAGUGGAAGAAUUGUUUAAAAAACCAUAUGCAUAUUCACACAGGCGAGAAAUCUCAUGUGUGCAAGGUAUGUAACAAAUCAUUUAGUCUUAAACAGUAUUUGAAAAACCACAUGCAUAGAAACCCCAUAUGUGUGAAGUGUGUAACAGGUCAUUUCGUCAAAAAUUGUUUUAAAGAGGCAUAUGCUUAUUCACAGAAGAGAAACCUUAUGUGUGUGAGCUGUGUAGCAAGACAUGUAGACAAAAGAGUGAUUUAAGCAACCAUAUGCUAAUUCACAUAAAAAAGGAACCUCAUGUGUGUAACGUAUGUAGGAAAUCAUUUGCAUUAAAGUCUCAAUUAACGAGCCAUAUGUUUAUUCACUCAGAGAAAUCUCAUGUGUGCAAGGUGUGUAACGGGUCAUUUAGACUAAAGGAUGCUUUAAACAAGCAUAUGCGUACUCAUACAGUGGGAAAACCUCACAUAUGUGAAGUAUGCAGCUUAAAAUGUAAGUAUAAGUCUGGUUUAAAAAUACAUAUGCCUAUUCACACAGGGGAGAAACCUCAUAUGUGUGAGGUAUGUAACAAAUCCUUUAGACGUAAAUAUAGUUUGAAAACUCAUAUACUUAUUCACACAGGAGAGGCAUUUCAUGUGUGUGAGGUAUGUAGUAAAUCAUUUACAGCAAAGGUUUUUUUAAACAAGCACAUGCUUAUUCACGCAGGAGAGAAACCUUAUGUUUGUGAGAUAUGUAGUAAAUCAUUUAGAGUAAAGGGUAAUUUAAGCAAACAUAUGCUUAUUCACACAGGAGAGAAACCUUAUGUGUGUGAGAUAUGUAGUAAGUCAUUUAGACUAAUGGAUAAAUUAAAGAAGCAUAUACUUAUUCAUACAGGAGAAAAACCUCACAUGUGUAAAGUAUGUAACAAAUCCUUUAGUCGUAAAGAUCAUUUGAAAGACCAUCUGUAUAUUCACACAGGAAAAAAACUUCAUAUGUGUGAAGUAUGUAGCAAAUCUUUUAAGCGUAAAGAUCAUUUGAAAAACCAUCUGCUUAUCCACACAAGAAAAAAACUUCACGUGUGAGAGAUAUAUAACAGGUCAUUCGCUGAAAAGUGUCGGGUGUAUGGCCAUAUGCUAGCGUGCAUGGGAGGUAACAUCUCUUUUACCUGAAAGAUGAACUUAAAAUUACUGUAUGCUUAUUUACAGAUGUAAGAAAUCUGAUGUGAAGCAACUCAUUUAGAGAGAACAUUUCCUUAAACAAGCAUAUGUUUUUUCACAGAGGAGGGAAACACCAUGAGUUACGUGUGUAACUAAUCACUUGGAUGAAAAAGUGUUUGAAUUUACAUAUCCAUAGAGAAUAGAAUGCUUUUGUCUUUUGUGGAAAUGUUAGAUGAAAAAGGGCCUGCACUGCUCUGCAUAAUAAGGCUUGUUCACGCAGCCAAGAAAUGUCUCUGUACAAGAUGAGUUUAAUCUGUCAUUUUAUCGUAAUAAAUCAUUUAUUCAUUUCAACAAGAAAAA